AUGCUUCCUGCCCGACCUAUUUUGCUCUCACCAAUGGCUGUAAUGCAUUUUGGGGGGCGGGAUCAGGUCAUAAACAUGAAGGUCAACAGGCAUUUUCUAUCCAGACACUUCCGAGUGGUUACCUACUCAGACCAGGGCAUUCUUCUUGAGGACCAGCCUUUUAUCCAGAAUGACUGCUACUAUCAUGGUUAUGUGGAGGGGGACCUAGAAUCCAUGGUUUCCCUCAGUACCUGUUUGGGGGGCUUGCAAGGAAUAUUACAGACAAAUGACACUGUUUAUGAAAUAGAGCCCGAUACACUUUCUACCACAUUUGAACAUUUCAUAUAUAAAGUGGACAGUGAGGAGACACAAUUGCCACCCAUGAGAUGUGGAGUAACAGAUGAAGAAAUAGCACGACAACUGAAGUUUCAAGAGAGUGCUAAUUUCACUUUGAUGCAGAGUGAGUAUGAAGGCUGGUGGACUCACAGGCAGCUUCUUGAACUGGCUGUGGUGGUGGAACACAAUCUCUAUCUUCAUCACAAACGUAACACCACAGCUGUACAAAAUGAAGUAUUACUUGUAGUCAAUGCAGUAGAUAACUUUUUGAAUUCACUGCAUGUCGAUGUGGUUUUCAUGGGAAUUGAAGUCUGGACUGAAAAAAACCCGACUUCAUUAGAUAACAUAGGUGGUGGUCUAGGCGGAUUUUGCAAUUGGAAGCAAACUGGCUUUAAUAAGCGCAUUCCUCAUGAUGUUGCACAUCUUUUUGUAAAGCGCGACUAUGGUAUGGUUUUUGGCCUGGCCAAUGUGGGAACAGUAUGUGACUAUGAAUUUAAUUGUGGAGUGGAAACCUUAAUGGAUGAUACUUUACAUUCUUUUGCAUAUACUGUGGCACAUGAGAUUGGUCAUAAUUUUGGUAUGCAUCAUGAUGUACCACCUUGUACAUGUGGACAUACAAACUGCAUCAUGGUUCCAGUAAAAUCAAGUGGAACUACAUUCAGCAACUGUAGCUAUGCUAGCUUCAUGGACACCCUUGCUACGAAAAAUUGUAUGUAUAUUUCAUCAAAUGCAGGGAACAUCUUCACACUUGCACGGUGUGGAAACAGUGUGGUUGAAGAAGGAGAAGAGUGUGACUGUGGCGCUUUACAUUUGUGUAUGAAAGAUCCGUGCUGUGAGUCAAACUGCACUCUCAGCCCUGGGGCUGCUUGUGCUUUUGGGCUUUGUUGCAGACACUGCCAGAUCGUUCGAAAAGGAAAAGUUUGUAGAAAAAAGAAAAAUGAAUGUGAUCUCCCAGAGUGGUGCAAUGGGACAUCCUACCAUUGUCCAGAGGAUGUGUAUGUGCAGAAUGGGAUCUCAUGCAAGGAUGGUGGCUCCUGCUAUGAAAAGAGAUGCAAUAACCGUGAAGAGCAGUGUACGAACAUUUUUGGCAAAGAGGCCAAGAGUGCAAAUCAGCGUUGCUACACAGAAAUUAACACUCAAGGUGACCGUUUUGGGAACUGUGGUUUGAUGAACGCUACAUAUGUAAAAUGUGACAUCUCAGAUACCUUGUGCGGGAGGAUUCAGUGUGAAAACGUGACAGAACUUCCACUUCUGAGAGAACAUUCUACCGUGCAUUGGACUCAGUUCAAUGGCGCCACCUGCUGGGGUACAGACUACCACUUCGGGAUGACAGAACCUGACAUUGGUGAUGUGAAAGAUGGGACAGAGUGUGGGACAGAACAUGUCUGCAUCACAAGGAAGUGUGUCCAUAGGUCACUUCUGGUAAAUGAUUGCUCACCUAAGACCUGCAAUCUGAAAGGAGUCUGCAACAACAGACAGCACUGCCAUUGCAGCUAUGAGUGGGACCCUCCCUUCUGCCUGGAAAGAGGUCAUGGUGGUAGUAUUGAUAGUGGCCCACCCCCUUGGAGAAAAAGGAAGAAAAUCAGGAAAGAGAACAAGUACCUGCUACUACUCUCCUUGAUCCGUUUUAUUUGUUUAUUAGGCUUGCUAAUUUUUGGGGUUCUUGACAUUCAGCACAACAGAUAA